GCCCUCUCUCUCUCUCUCUCUCUCUCAGCUGAAGAAUCACCAGGAGAGUAUACUGUCAGAAAAAUAUUGUUUGGUGUCCUUGUUCUGUCUGCUACCUUCUUCAUGAGUUUUUCAGUUCUUGUGGCAGUCCCUAGUUACGCCAUUUUACUCCUCUUUGACUGCUAUCCAAUGUGAUUGGCGAUGUUUUACAGACAACUUCCACGGAUUUUAGAGCAACUUGCCAUCUUUUCAUUUUUUUUUCUGCAUCUAUUAUGGAUGAUAAUUGUCACAUAGGGAAUAUGUAGUCUCAACCUCUUUAAUAAGCACCUCUUUUUGAUGGUUUAGGACAUAAUUAACCAGCUAGGGGAAGUUGUAAGUGAACUUUUUGUCCUAGUACGAAGUUUCAUUUUCAUCGAUGUACUGCACAAUUCUUUCACUUUAGUCCAUGUCUUAACUUUUUUCUACUAGAUUUUCUCUCCUACCUACUGAUUCGCUGCCUUAGUUGCCUGUAAAACAAAAGCACGUACUAAGUACAGGGACUAAGUAGCAAAACACCCGUUGAGUGACUAAAAUGAAAAGAACGUGUAGCACAGGGAUGAAAACAUUGCACUUCUCGUACACUUCUUGUACCUCUUCGUUCUUUCUUUUUUCCCUUCUCUCUUUCCCUGAAUGAUUAGUAGUAUGGAAAGAAUAAAAACUAGCUUUUUAUGGAAAAAAAUGAAAAAGAAGUACUGCCAUUAGGAAAGGAGUCAAGUUUACCAACUCCAACAGUCGUCAUUGAAGUUCACCUUAGUCAAAGUUGGCAAUUUCACGAGGACUGCUGACACAUUUCCAUGCACGAAAAUCAUCAAAAUGCUUCCGUCACGCGAGAAAGCUUGAAUACCUUGCACAAAUAAUGUUACCAUGUUAUGCACGAAUAUCACCAUUCUUUUUGCCCCUAGAAAAUCACUCUAUCCUGAAGAACCAGUCCUCCAAUUUUUCUCAAAGAGAUCAGAAACCCCUUUAAUUGCCUCCUUUCAUUUUACUAGAAUCGAAUUGUUACGUCAUAGAAAGAACUCAGCAGUUUGGCAUACACGUAGCGCCAACAUAUGAUUUGAUAUGAGUCCUUGUUCAGCAUUACCAAUCAAAAAUAUGAUUGUGAUAGCAGGUUUAUGUUGGUUUUUGUUUUAGGAUGCACCCUUUGGGUCUGAAGACAGCCGUGUCAUUCCCCUUUCCUAGUAAGAAUAGGGACAUGACAAUGAUCGUUUUCUUUAUAGUUCCAUCGAGUAUUUAUGGUGUACCUCUGCUUCUGAUCUUAACGCAACAUCUUCUUAUGUCUCUUUGUCCCUCUUUUCGAGUAGAAAAUUUGUUGUGGUUAGCCUCUCAGAGAAAUCAGCAGAUGAGAAGGCUGCUGAUACAGCUGCUUCACCAAAGGCGACACAGGUGAGCUUCACAACACAUGAUGCCUCGACGGAGAAGUCAUCAAAUGUUCUGUUGGGAAAUAUAUCAAACGCUUACCCCGUCUAUUCAUUUGAACGGCAAUGCAUGCUCAAAGAGGAUCACCCAACGAGGAGGCGCCACGUGUCUGCUCACGAAGGUGCAAGGAUUUCUUGGCCCUAUCCAAGUCGCCACGUGCCCCGAAGAUCACAAUCAUAUCCAUUUAUCGGAGGAGAGUUCGAUUCUGAUUUUGACCAGAGAAAAAUGGCUUAUAGAGCAGCUGGCUAUUGGCGAUCGAUGCUGAGCCGAGCGGGGGCGAGCCACCGGUCGUUCGCAACGGCCACCAAACCCAAGAUGUUCGCUGCGACCGCCGGUGCCACACACUCCGAUCACCACCACGAGAGGAGCUCGCUGCUGAGGGGCGAGUAUGCGCCGGUGGGGAUGGUGUUCGCCAUGUUGCUGGUGGCGAUGACGAUAGGGAUGCACACGAUGAAGCAGCAGCUGGCGCACUCGCCGGGAGUCCGCGUGAGCAAGAAGAAGCGAGAGACGGUGCCGGAAGUGGACGACCCAGACAGUGUGGUCAGGUCGGCCGACAAGUUUCUCAACAAGUCCUUCCUGAGGAAGGUGGCUCACAUCCAAGAGAACAAACGCACGCUCCCCGAUCCCGUCCGCGCCAACCCUUACACCAAUAGGCCUCGAGAGGCAGAGACGCUGAAAAUGGCGGGGGUGAAUCCAACACGUCGUUGAAGGAAAGGACCCAACCAGGCACAUCUCAACCGUCCAUUUAUUCACCUUUAGUUCCCAAUCUGAUCUUGUACAUAGAAAGCAUUUUUGCCAUUUAUCUCUACCUCAUCUGCUUAGGGUUUGAGCCCUUUGGACAAUCCAUUUGGAAGGUUGGCCCACGGUGGCUUCAAAUUUUGUAGUUUUUGAAUAAAAGCAUAGCUAAUUAU